CCCAGUUUGGCUUCCAGCACCCACAUGUUGGCUCAUGACCAUCUGUAACUCCAUUUCCAAGAGUAAUGGUUGCCUGCAAACGUGAUGCUCCCUCUAGCUCCAGUGAUCUCAACAGGUGGAAGAAAAUGGCAGACUCAGUGGAGUCAACUCCCAUGCCUUCAAUCGAGGAUCGCCUGGCCGUCCUUUGCCCGUCUCAGGAGCUUCUGGAUUAUUAUCAGAAGAAGAUGGCUAGCUGUGAGGCAGAGAAUGAAGACCUGUUGAAGAAGUUAGAACUCUACAGAGAAGCUUGUGAGAAUCAGCAUAAACUUGAAUGGAAUUUACAGCAAAGGGAGGUAGAGAUUGCUGAAUUGCAGAAAGCCCUAAGUGAUAUGCAGGUCUGCCUCUUCCAGGAACGGGAACAUGUUUUACGACUCUACUCAGAAAAUGACCGUCUACGAAUCAGGGAACUGGAAGACAAGAAAAAGAUUCAGAAUCUGUUAACUCUUGUGGGAACAGACACCAAUGAAGUGACCUAUUUUUUUAAGGAGCCUCCCCACAAAGUCUGCAUUCCCCAGAAGACUAGCCAGGCUGUAGAUGUGUGUGAACCUUCAUCUGCCAAAGCAGAUCCUAGAGGAAGGAAAAAAAGAGAAACAAUAAAAGAAAAGGAAGACAUUUCUGACUGUUACCAGAGGGAAGGACAGACACUCAUCCUGCAGGUGGAAGCUCUUCAGGCACAGCUGGAAGAGCAGACACGGCUUUCUAGAGAGCAAGUUGAAGGGCUCAUGGAGGACAGACAGAUUCAAAUCGAGGAGAUACAAGUUCAGCACCAGAGAAAUCAAGAGAAAAUCAAGGAGCUAACCAAAAGCCUCCAUCAUACCCAAGAACUGCUCUAUGAGAGCACCAAAGACUUUCUACAACUGAAAUUUGAAAACCAAAAUAAAGAGAAGCUCUGGAUGCUUGAGAAAGAUCACUUGAUGUCAAAGAUGAAUCAAUAUAGAUUGCAGUGUAAGAAGAAAGAAGAUAAAUUUGGAAAAGUUAUUCCUGUUUUUCAUGAGGGCCAUCAUAUUCAAAAUGAAUAUAUUAAGUCUCUAAAGGAUAAGCUAAUACAAGAGAAAAAGCUGUCCAGCAUGUACCAGGAGCAGUGCAUUGCCCUAGAAGAAGAACUCGCUCGAAUUCGAGAGGAAGAGGGAGUGAGGAGAGAGAUCUUCAAGGAUCGCUCCAACAAGAUGGGGAAGCGCUUACAGGUAAUGACAAAACGCUAUGAGGCCUUGGAGAAUCGGCGGGUCCUAGAAGUAGAAGGCUUCAAGACAGACAUUAAGGCUCUCCGACAGAAGCUGAAGGACCUGGAGCAAAUGCUCUAUAAGGUGACAAUGAGUGCCCGUGGAAACCAGGACCUUGCCAUUCUGUGUGAACUCCGUGAUAGCAACAGAAGAACUCACAAGAUACAAGGAGAACUGAAGCACCUCAAGACUAAACUGUUUGGUCUGGAGAGUGAGCUUAGGCUGUGUUAAUGUCUCUCUUCAGGGGCGAUUGGCUUCCUGAAACCUGUGGCAAGGUCACCUGUCCCCAGAAAGUGGACAUGGAGUUGUCCAGGGUAGCAGUAUCAGUUUUAAUAAAGAUAGUGUUAAGUGCCUGAUGGCUCACACCUAUAAUCCCAGCACUCGGGAAGCUGACACAGGAGGAUUGCCACACAAUGAUAGAGGAAAGUGAAUCUCUGUGAUUUAUGGCCAGCCUGGUCUACAAUAGUGAAUUCUAGGCCAUCCAAGGCCACUUAAUGAGACCCUGCCUCCAAAAAACAAAAAUAAAGCAGCAAAAGCAGAAAGGAAAGAGGAAAAGCAAGUGACAAGUCGGGGGCUGAAAAUCUGCCCCUGUACUAACUUUGCUGUCUCACUGUCCUGUUAACCAUGUUGGAGCAUCUGAGUUACUUGGAGACUUUCCUACUUUCCUUUUCUGUACUGAUGGACUUUUCUGUCCUUAAAGAGACAGUAAUGGCAUGGAGCUUGAAGUGCUUGUCCAGCAUACGAAAAAUCCUGGGUUCUCUUCCUACCACCACCUAAAGCCAGUGUUGGUGGCUCAUCUAUGAGCAGCACUGUACAGAGGUAUAGGUCGGAGAAUCCUAAGCUCAAAUUCACCCUCAGCUAUGUGGUGAAUUCCAGGCUAGCCUGAGCUACAUGAGACCAUGUCUAAAAAUGGAAACAAACCAACAAAAAAAGGAGGUGUUUUGCUGAGCUUGGCUGAGUGUCCGUAGAAGAGUGUGUUUCCUGAAGGACCAAAAUCAUUCACUGAAGCGCGCAGUCCUUGGCAGGGAGGGAAAGAAGCAGCAAAUUACAUACACCUUGGCAGAUUCUCAGUUGUGUAGCUGUGCUCCAGGUGACUGGCCACCCUCACUCCUAAGUAAAAGGGGUAGAGUAGGCAAAACUAAAAUGAUACUUACGUGAAAAAAGUUAGA